AUGGCAGUAUGCCUUGUGGCAGGUGGCAACAGAGCUGCCGUGCUGACUCACCCAUUGAAUAUGCUGCGAUUGGUGCCCUAUGGACGUGGGCCCCUGGCUGUGGUGCAGAGGCCUGGCAAGGAUGGGGCAGACAUGCAUGGACGAAGGAAAGCACCCAACCCCCGACCAGCACCCAUCCCCCUGACCAGCAUCCAUCCUCCUGACCAGCACCCAUCCCCCCGACCAGCACCCAUCCCCCUGACCAGCAUCCAUCCUCCUGACCAGCACCCAUCCCCCCGACCAGCACCCAUCCCCCUGACCAGCAUCCAUCCUCCUGACCAGCACCCAUCCCCCCGACCAGCACCCAUCCCCCUGACCAGCAUCCAUCCUCCUGACCAGCACCCAUCCCCCCGACCAGCACCCAUCCCCCUGACCAGCAUCCAUCCUCCUGACCAGCACCCAUCCCCCCGACCAGCACCCAUCCCCCUGACCAGCAUCCAUCCUCCUGACCAGCACCCAUCCCCCCGACCAGCACCCAUCCCCCUGACCAGCAUCCAUCCUCCUGACCAGCACCCAUCCCCCCGACCAGCACCCAUCCCCCUGACCAGCAUCCAUCCUCCUGACCAGCACCCAUCCCCCCGACCAGCACCCAUCCCCCUGACCAGCAUCCAUCCUCCUGACCAGCACCCAUCCCCCCGACCAGCACCCAUCCCCCUGACCAGCAUCCAUCCUCCUGACCAGCACCCAUCCCCCCGACCAGCACCCAUCCCCCUGACCAGCAUCCAUCCUCCUGACCAGCACCCAUCCCCCCGACCAGCACCCAUCCCCCUGACCAGCAUCCAUCCUCCUGACCAGCACCCAUCCCCCCGACCAGCACCCAUCCCCCUGACCAGCAUCCAUCCUCCUGACCAGCACCCAUCCCCCCGACCAGCACCCAUCCCCCUGACCAGCAUCCAUCCUCCUGACCAGCACCCAUCCCCCCGACCAGCACCCAUCCCCCUGACCAGCAUCCAUCCUCCUGACCAGCACCCAUCCCCCCGACCAGCACCCAUCCCCCUGACCAGCAUCCAUCCUCCUGACCAGCACCCAUCCCCCCGACCAGCACCCAUCCCCCUGACCAGCAUCCAUCCUCCUGACCAGCACCCAUCCCCCCGACCAGCACCCAUCCCCCUGACCAGCAUCCAUCCUCCUGACCAGCACCCAUCCCCCCGACCAGCACCCAUCCCCCUGACCAGCAUCCAUCCUCCUGACCAGCACCCAUCCCCCCGACCAGCACCCAUCCCCCUGACCAGCAUCCAUCCUCCUGACCAGCACCCAUCCCCCCGACCAGCACCCAUCCCCCUGACCAGCAUCCAUCCUCCUGACCAGCACCCAUCCCCCCGACCAGCACCCAUCCCCCUGACCAGCAUCCAUCCUCCUGACCAGCACCCAUCCCCCCGACCAGCACCCAUCCCCCUGACCAGCAUCCAUCCUCCUGACCAGCACCCAUCCCCCCGACCAGCACCCAUCCCCCUGACCAGCAUCCAUCCUCCUGACCAGCACCCAUCCCCCCGACCAGCACCCAUCCCCCUGACCAGCAUCCAUCCUCCUGACCAGCACCCAUCCCCCCGACCAGCACCCAUCCCCCUGACCAGCAUCCAUCCUCCUGACCAGCACCCAUCCCCCCGACCAGCACCCAUCCCCCUGACCAGCAUCCAUCCUCCUGACCAGCACCCAUCCCCCCGACCAGCACCCAUCCCCCUGACCAGCAUCCAUCCUCCUGACCAGCACCCAUCCCCCCGACCAGCACCCAUCCCCCUGACCAGCAUCCAUCCUCCUGACCAGCACCCAUCCCCCCGACCAGCACCCAUCCCCCUGACCAGCAUCCAUCCUCCUGACCAGCACCCAUCCUCCUGA